UUUAUAUGAGUUCAGUGCUUUAAUAAAACAUUUUUAACUUAAAUUGUCUACAAUUUUAGUGAUGAAUAAAGGCGUGGAACCAGAUAAAGUGGCGCGAGAGACUGGCGCUGCGGCCGGCGAGACAGGCGCGGCCGCGGGUGAUACUAGAGUCAUGCACUGUGUCGUCGGCGGCGCACAUGCUAUCAUUCUCAGGGUAUCCAGUUUCUUUGGUCUGGCUCCCCUGCGAUUCGAGUCACGUUGCAAUGGAUUUACUGUCUCCAUUUCAAACGCUAUGUGCAUAUACGGAUAUAUACUAGUUACCAUUUUAGUGAUAUCUACAAUCUCCGGGCUGGUGGCGGAGAUGUCGGCUGGCGUGGAGGUAUCAGUUCGGAUGUCAUCCCGCAUGUCGCAAGUCGUGUCGGCGUGCGAUGUGCUGGUGGUCGCGGUGACAGCCGGCGCUGGAGUCUACGGCGCGCCCCGACGUAUGCGGAACAUGCUCAAGUUCUGCGAGAGCGUCGCAUCUGUGGACCACAGCAUUGGGGCGCAGUAUUCUCGCGCGACAGAACGCAAGUUGUGCGCCAUCUUGCUCGCCAUUCUCAUAUUCUUCUCCAUUCUCAUAGCUGAUGACUUCUGUUUCUACGCACUGCAAGCUACUAAGUUCCAGAGACAGUGGAAUGUAGUCAUCAACUACAUAGGUUUCUACGUGCUGUGGUACGUGGCUAUGAUCCUAGAGCUCCAGUUUGCCUUCACGGCGCUCUCCGUACGCGCCAGGUUCCAAGCUGUCAACAAUGCACUCGCUCUCACCGCCAAAAUUGUAUCCGCUCCUGUAAAGAAAAUGUACGAGCCACCGCCUCUAAACGUACUAGCUAUCCGCAUGGGGGCGACGGAGGCGCGGCGCUGCGCCAACGUCAGCCUACUCGUCGACACCCUGCACGAUCCCGAACACAGCGUUAUUAUACGAAAUACAGUAACAGGAGAACCUCGGCUAGUGGUGCCGCCGUGCGAGGCAAUCCGCCGGCUGGCGUGUCUGCACGGCGCUCUUUGCGACGUCGUCCACGCCCUUGACCGCAGCUACGGCCUGCCGCUUAUACUUAUACUAAUAUCGACGUUGCUGCACUUGAUUGUCACACCGUACUUCUUGAUUAUGGAGAUAAUUGUGUCAACAAACAGGAUCCAUUUCCUGGUGCUGCAAUUCCUAUGGUGUGCAACACACAUGUUGCGUAUGUUCGUUGUCGUCGAGCCGUGUCAUUACACCAUUGCUGAGGGUAAGAGAACAGAAGGUCUGGUAUGUCAGCUAAUGCGAUCAGCGCCAUCUAACGGCAGCCUGCCCUCGCGCCUGGAAGUGUUCGCACGACAACUAAUGCUGCAAUCUGUUACGUACUCUCCGAUGGGAAUGUGUACUCUCGACAGACCUCUUGUAGCCUCAGUUCUUGGAGCGGUCACAACCUAUCUAGUCAUCCUCAUACAAUUCCAAAGAUAUGACAAUUAA